UCACAUCGCGCUCUAGAGAAUAUCAACCAUCGGAGGCACAGUACAUUGUCAUCGGCAUCAUCAUCCCCAUCGGUAAAACCAUUGACAUCACGAACAAUCUUCAUCAGCAGCUUUAUCAAUCUCGCCCGAUACUGUACGGAGCAUAAUCGGACGUGCAUCACGUGUUUAUAGUGCGGAAACCCUGACAAACCAGAAGGCCGAAGUGAACAUUUCUUAUGGAAUACGGCGAACCACACUUUGAUGAUUGACCCCCUCGUCAGUUGGCCAGACCACCCGCUAGUCUUUGUCAGUCGAAAUCGCAUUCACGCAGUAUUCGGUGGUGUCCAACAGCAUAGUUAGCCGUGGCUUGGCCGUGCACAAAUUGAGCAGAGUAUAAGUUUUGGAACUGGUGAAAAAAGGAGAACCUACCACACAUCUAUCUACUCGGUUAAACAAAAAAGUAAAAUGGGACAGUCGCUGUCGGAACCAGAAACCUCAAAACAAUCGGCCUAUUGUCAGAAUGAUUACUACAAGGUCGGUUCAAGCUGCAUGCAGGGAUGGCGAAUGCACAUGGAAGACUCGCACACGCACAUACUCUCGCUACCCGACGACCCCGGGACAUCCUUCUUUGCCGUGUACGAUGGUCACGGAGGAGCGAAGGUGGCCGAAUAUGCGGGCAAACAUCUCCACAAGUAUAUUACCCGCCGACCGGAGUAUGGAAAUGACGUAAAGCACGCCCUGCAGCAAGGGUUCCUUGAUCUGGACGAAGCGAUGCUGAACAACGAAGCUUUGCGGGAACAGAUGUCCGGAUCGACGGCUGUUGUAGUGCUCAUCAAAGACAACCGGCUUUACUGUGCAAAUGCGGGAGAUUCCCGAGCGAUUGCUUGUGUCGAUGGACACUUGGACGUACUAUCGUUCGACCAUAAGCCGACCAACGAAAAGGAAAGAGAACGAAUAAGCAGUGCCGGAGGUUAUGUGGAGUACAAUCGGGUGAACGGAUAUUUGGCGCUAUCGCGUGCACUGGGAGAUUUCGGUCUAAAGCGCAACACACAGAUAUUGCCCUCGGAGCAGAUGGUAACAGCGUACCCGGAUGUGGAGGAACGUGAGGUAGAGGACAGCUGGGACUUUCUCGUUAUCGCCUGCGACGGUAUAUGGGAUGUGCUGUCUAGCCAGGCCGUGCUGGAGUUCGUACAGGAAGAAAUCGCUCAAGGUGUCUAUCCGCAGCAGAUUUGUGAAAAUUUGAUGAUGCGCUGCCUGGCACCAGACUGCCAGAUGGGGGGUAUUGGCGGCGACAACAUGACGGUAAUCGUUGUGUGCUUUUUACAUGGUCAACCGUACGAGGAGCUUAUCAAUCGAUGCAAAGAGGCCAUCGCAAAGCGGCAAGCACGUUCCAAAAAGCGGCGCAGCCAUUCAAAUCGAUCGCAUGAAAGUGAAGCUGAGGAACAUACGGUUCGAAGCCACAGCUCGGUAACGCCAGCAUCCGAAGGAACCGGCAAAGCAGGGAAUGGACGUUUGGAAGACGAUUCAUCUGGAAGCGAGAGCGAACGUUCGGAAGAAGUGCAAGCACCUUUGCUGGCGGCAAAGUCCAACGGAGAUGAGAAUGUUCCAGCCAACAAUGGAGAACCAGCAGUAGAUAAACCAUCCUGUUCUGAACAAACGACGCCAAUGAAAUCAGCCGAGGUUAAGCAGAAGCAGGAGCAACAGCCGGACAGUAAUAAUGAUAGUGCAGACGAUACCAGUGAAGAGAUUGAUCUAAAGUAGAGUCAUUUACAAUGUAACGAUUGUCCUUCCGCACCGAUUGUCCUUCGUACGUUCAAUUAACCUCUUUCGGUCCGGUGCUAGAUGUGUAAAUUAUCUUUUUUUUCUCCCCUUUUUUACAUGUUUCACAGCAGCGGCUGUUGAUUCGAUGGUUUUCCCUGGUAUACAGUGCGUAGCAUUGUUAUUGUCGUAAUCUUUCUUUCCUUGUUUUGGGACAGCUGGGCGGAAGCAGUUGGCUAAUCGAAGGCUUACCUUUGUGACAUAGCUUUAAUGACACGAACCGAAAAAUAUAUAUAUAAUUUUGUUUUUAAUAUAUGCUAUUGAACCUUCAUGGGCGACCCGGUGAUGUAUGUGAUAUCGACACCGGUCUUACACUAUAGGACCUGGUAUCCAUCCCAUCCGGACUGAAAUCCAUUGCUUUUUUCCAAUAAUGCCAUUUGGGCACUUGCUGAACGAUUUUCUCUUUCCAGUUGGUAGUAACAAUUUUACAAAAUUUAUGUUUUCUGUUCCUUUUUUAACCCGGUUGGGCCACGCACUGUAUUAAAUGAUUUUGUUCGUUUGGAUUUGGUUAAUUUUUUGUUAGUCUUUUGGUGGAUAGGCAAAUUGGUAGCGAAAGUAAGUGCAAUGAAAAAGUUAUGUUCAAUACGCUUAUAGAAAGCAAAUAAUGUAAAAGAAAACAUAAAACAGAUAUCAAGCAAAAAAAAAAAGAAAAAGAAAAAAAUAACAGAACGCAUCCGUACUUGCAAGAGGCAACGAUGUAAUUUUUGAUAUCGCCAUUUUGCAAGAAAGGACCUUCAAUACUACCAAAGUUGGGUGCGUGAAUAGUAGAGAAGAUGUGGAGAGGAUAUGUAGCUUAUAAAGAUAUAUAUAUAUAGAUGGUGUCCCAUAUCCCUAACUCUGAUACGCUUUUUUAGUAAAACAUACAACCGAUUGUGGGCAACGCAAAAUCAUCCCGGAACUCAUUAAUCUUGCCUUUCCCUCACAUUACAAAGUACGGUGGCGUAUAUAUAUAUACACAUAAGCCAGGUUUAACAAAGGAUAUAAGGUCAUGGCUCUUGCAUCGCUCAAGGGUGCUGUUCCACUAUGCUGAUACAUAAUUAAUUCUCAAAACAUGAAAUGGCUGUCUUGUUCCUGUAAAUACGCUGAAUGUUUUGUAUAAAAGAAACUUUUUUAAUGCAACUAUUUAGCGUCUAAUGACAACACAGCUCUAACGGUAGUAGUAUAUAUAUUAGCAUCGCAGUCCUGCCUUUCCAUGGACUGGUGGGUGAAUCUAGGUUAGAAACUCUCGUAUCAGUGCUUCCACGCGGAUC